AUGUCUAUUAAUUGCUGUUUAAAUGAUGAGAACUUUGCAAUAACAAUUCUUGAUAAUAAACAAACACACAAGCCAAGUUUUCGUUGUCUUUGUAAUGGCAAAGAUUCUGGAAUUCAACAAUCGGCUUCUGCAGCUAUUAAUAACACGUAUAAACAAGUUUUUAGAAAGAAUAAGACAGAGUAUUCGGGAAUGGUUGUUAUGGGAUUUGAUGAUGAAAUAAUUAUUAAUGAAUUAUUGUCUGAUAUUUUAUUUAUUCCAAUUUUUAUUCGUAUAAAUCGAAUUUUAAUUGUGGUUAGUCAAAUUGGUAUUUCAUCUCAUAAAGGUUGUUACGGUGCUGGUCCAGGAUUUCUUUCUACACUUAUAACAAAAUAUAAGGGCAAACAAUCACUUUUUGUACAAUCUAUAGAAGAUAAUUGUAAUUUAGAUGUUUAUGAUGGCGAUAUUAAUCAAUACCAUAACAAAGGAAUUACUCCUGACGAAAUUUGGAAGUCUAUUAAUAUUCUUAACAAGUUUGACGGGACAGCUUUAUUUGGAAUUACCAAUUCAUAUGUUCAACAAGAAUUGGACAAGUUAAGAAAUAAUUCAAUCACAUGUACGAGCAAUGAUUGGAAUGAUAUUGAUAAGUUGAAUAUUAUAUUUAGACAACAAAUAAAAACUCGUAAAAUUGCCAGUCCAUUUUCAGAUUGGUCAAAAUUAUUUAAGAAUUGGUACGAACAAAAUAAUACAAUAAUUCAAUUUCCUAAUAUUUUAUUUCAAAUCUAUCCAGCUAAUUAUCAGUUUCAAGAAAAAGAAUUAGGUGCAUGGCGAGCAAUGUUUCGUGCCUCUGGUUGUAUUAAUAUUACUCCAUUUACAAAAAAACAACAUAUGAUCGAAUUUUGGACAAAAGCACCAGAUCCCUGUCUCUUAUACACAUCUAGAUGUGCUGUCUCUUAUACACAUCUAGAUGUGUAUAAGAGACAGCCCGACGACAGAGGAAUUGAUGGAAAAAUAAGAAUUCUUUCAAUUAUUGCUGAAAAUUUUACAUAUAAAAAACUCAAAGAAAAGCUUAAGGUAGGAAAUGAUAUAGUCAAUUUUGCACGAAAACACGCAAGACUAUAUGGUCCAGGAGUACCAACCUUAGUAAAAACAAAAAGAACUGUUAAACGUAUGUCAGAAGUUAAAGAAAAACAAUUUUUAAUGUUUUUUCAAGAUCGAAGUAUAGUUACACAAAGUUCUUACCGGGUUGAUAAAAAUGGAUUACCAAUAUUAUAUAUGCGUGAUCAAAAAAUUAAAUUGUGGAAAAAAUUUGAAGAAACUUUUCCUAAUGGAAUGAAAAAAACAUCAUUUAUGGGUAGAUUAGCAAACUGCAGUAAUAUUAAAUAUCGAGAUGAUAUAGGUGGACUUUGUCUUACCUGUAAUGAUUAUGGCUAUAUUCCAUUUGAAUUAUACUUUGUAUUACAAAAAAUUGAUGCUUUGAAACGUCAUCUGCGUUGUGGUUAUGAAAGAGAAUUAGUGGUUAAUGCUAAUGGUACAACAAAACAUGAUUCUUGUAUUUCUCAUUGUUUGCCAUAUGCUUUUGGAAAUUGUCUUGAAAAUCAUAACUCACGAUGCUCAGAAUGUGACCAAUUUUUUGAAUUUUUUGAAUUCAUGCAUCUACAUAUAAAAGAAGAUCAAAUAGCUACUUUAGAAGAAACUAAAGAACACUUACAGUAUUAUUUGGCCCAUUCAACACAAAAGAUAUAUUUGAAUUCUCAAUUUAAAGCUACUUUGGCAAGUCUUGAUGAAGAUGGUGCAUUAUUUGUUGCUGAUUACAAGAUGAGAAUUUUGCCAAGAUCUGCUCGAGAAACAAAGGCAGAGUUUUUUGGUAAAAGAGGAUGGACCCUUCAUACGAUCUUAAUGUUUAGAAAAAAAGAAAAUUGUGAGGAAUUAGAGAUAAGAGCUUAUGAUCACUGGUCAACUGAUACUAAGCAAAAUGCUUGGUUUACCGCCUCUUCAUUUGAAGCUUUUCUUGAACCAGGCGAAGCUAAAACAACUAUUGAUUCCCAUCAUGCUGCAAUUGCCCAUUCAAUUAGAAGAUAUGUUCGAAUUGGAUAUGAUGUUCGUGAAGGAAAAGAUAUAGUGGAAGCGGCUAAACAUUUAUCUAGUAAAUCAUUGGCAAAUUUAGAACCAGAUAGAGAUCAAUUGGGAUCAAAUGUCAAAAAGAUAAAGGGCAUUUCAAACUUGUUUUAUUGGAAAUGGCCAGUUUCUGGUGAAAUGAUAGAUACAGAUACGGUUGAUCCUAUUGUACCAGAAUUUAUGGAUAAUAAUAAUGAAAAUGAUGAAUUAGAAGAUGCAAAUUCUAUUGACGUAAAAUUUCAAUUUACUAUGGGAUGGGCGCUAAAAAGCAAUCAAAAAUUUGGAGGAAAAGGGAAAGGAAAAAGGAUGAAAAAGAAAGUAAAGGAGUUGUUAAAAAGUUUUUUCUUGAAUAGAAAUCUCAACCAAAAAGAUAAGAUGUUAGCAAAGGAUAUGUAUAAUGAAUUGAUGAAAUUUGUUGAAUCAGGAGAAUUAGAAGCUGAAGAUGUACCUAAGAUAACAACAAUACAAAAUUGGAUUUCAACUUAUGCACGAACCUUCAAAGAACAAGCUACAGAAAACAUGGUAAAAGAUAUUCGUGAUGAGAGUUCUUUAUAA